UAUGCUUAUGGAUGCUCUAAAAACUAAUUAUGCAAUUUUCCUUACCUUUAUUUUCUUUCUUUUUUAAAAAAAAUUGUUAGAUAGACAGACAGAGUGACAGACGAUUGAAUUUGUCGGCCAUCUUUGGAUUUGUCCCUUCACCCUUCGACGACGUGGUGGCCGUCAUUAAUUCUCUAAAUUCACACUCCCUUCCUCUUCUUUCUCCGCCCACAUAUAAAUAAACUAACACAUAAACAUCAUACCUUCCCCUAUCAAACGCCGACCCCUCCAAUUCUAAGUCUUAAGUCUUCUCUCUCUGCGGUCUAUUUGGUUGGGUUUCGCAGUUUUACUCACUCUCCCUGACUUGGUCUCUUUCUUCUUCUUUCUAUAUCCUAUGGCUGUAUAAUUCAACUCAAAAUCAAGCCUCUGAUACCAUGGAAGAAUCUGUAGAGACGACUAUUCCAGAGAAGCGCAAGCAGCAAACAGGGCGGCAGGAGAAGCCGUACAGAGGAAUUAGGAUGAGGAAGUGGGGAAAGUGGGUAGCCGAAAUCAGAGAGCCAAACAAGAGGUCCAGGAUUUGGCUUGGUUCUUACACGACCCCUCUCGCCGCCGCUAGAGCCUACGACACCGCCGUGUUUUACUUAAGAGGCCCAUCCGCCCGCCUCAAUUUCCCGGACCUGAUCUUACAGGACAUGGAUCACCAGCUUCUUGACGUUUCACCUUCUUCAAUCCGCAAAAGAGCGAUUGAGGUCGGUGCCAGAGUCGACGCCGCCGCCCACCAAACUUCUCUCCGCCAAUCCAAACCCAUCUCCGACAAACCCGAUUUGAACCAGUUUCCGGACCCGGAAAGCUCUGAUGAAGAUUGAUUGUUGAUCACUGUUUCAUAGCCUUCUCCACUUCUUACUUUCCCCUGUUUUUUUUUCCCAUGUCUCCCCUGUGUACUCCAAAAAGAGAUUCAAAUCGUUGGGGAUUGUGGAAAUUAAAAUUUGAAUGGACCCAAUAUGGUACCCAUUCUUCAUUUGCUAUAUAUCUAAAUAUAGCUUCGAAUUUGUAACAGGGGAGAUGAUAAAGCAAAUUUGUUGAUGGAUCCCUGCACUAAUCUAUCUUUAUUUUUUAU